AUGUCAAGCAAGAAGAAACAGAAACGAAAACACAGCGACAGCGAUGAAGACGACGACGUUUUCUACUACCGCUACUGCUCUUCGUCCUCAACCCCCAACACCACCACCGGCACCACAUCCAGUAAUCAACCCCAAUCAAAACCGAACAACAAAGGAUCAUCAAUAGGAGGAACAGGUGAACCCUUAGCACCAUCAAAAUCGACGUUAUACGUUUCUAAUCUAGAUUACUCGCUAACAAACUCCGAUCUCCAUACGCUCUUCUCUACUUUCGGCCGCAUCGCGCGUGUAACCGUUCUCAAAGACCGUCACACGCGCCUAAGCCGCGGUGUCGCGUUUGUCCAAUUCGUUUCUCGUAAUGACGCCCAACGCGCCGUGGCGGAGAUGAAUAAGAAGAUUCUCAAUGGAAGGACUCUAACUGCUUCUAUUGCUGCUGAUAAUGGACGUGCUCCGGAGUUUAUUCGGAAGCGCGUGCCACGGCCUCAGCCUAAGAAGCCGCGACGGGGAUUUAGUGGGCUGAGGGAUAGGGAUGGGGAGGAGGAAGGUGAUGAGGAGGAGGAGGAGGGUGGUCAGAUUGCUGCGGAGCAGUUUGACGAUAAUUGGGCUUCUGUUGUGGAUGAUGAAGCGGGUGAAAGGUUGCUGGGGAGAAACAGAAAUGAUGAUGAGGGUUUGGACAACAACAAGACGAAGAAGAAAGGGAAGAAAGCUGGGUAUUUCAGGGAUGAGAGUGAUCAUGACGAUGAUGAUUGA